AUGUCAAAAGACCGCAAGCCAGUCCUGAUCAUCGGCGCAGGAGUUGUCGGCCUUGUCCUAGCCCAUGGGCUCAAAAAGGUACCAAUAAUUAAAUUUCUCUACCUUCAAGAGACUUUACUGACACUUCAAAAGCUUGGCAUCCCAUUCAAGAUAUACGAACGCGACAGCCAUAUUAGCUCCCGUGGUCAAGGCUGGGCUAUAACCCUUCACUGGGUCCUACCUUUUCUCAGAGAGCUCUUGUCGGACGAUACUUUCAAGGGCGUCGAGUCAGUUCAGGUUGAUCCCGAAGCUGAUCGUCAAGGUCUUGGAAAGUUUGUCUUUAUCAACCUCGAGACCCUUGAGCCUAAGUUCCUUAUCCCGCCUGGCGACCGACGUCGAGUUAAUAGAGAAAAAUUGAGAAAGGUCCUUAUGAAGGAUGUGGCAGAGCAUGUCACUUGGAACAAGCGUCUUGCCUCUAUCCAAGAGUGCGAUGACCAGGUGAUAGCGAAAUUCGAAGAUGGAACACAAGCCGAAGGUUCUCUAAUCGUUGGUGUCGAAGGCAGCAACUCGAGCACGAGAAAACACCUGGUGCCGGACUCGUAUCGCAAUAUUCGACUACCAAUACGCUUCACUGGAGCUGCUCUAGAUCUCACGCCAGAGCAAGUCAAACCGCUGAAGGAUAUCGACCCUCUACUCUUCCAGGGGUGUCAUCCUGUGACAGGAGCAUUCUUUUGGUUCAGUAUGUUGGAGACACCACAAGUCAACGGCACUGUUGGAACAAACAAUGAACACUACCGAGUCCAAGUCAUGAUAUCAUGGCCUCUGAAGACAGAAGAAGAUGAAGUCAAGCCUACAGAUGCGGAACGUUUGGUAUAUAUGAAGCAACGAGCAACAGAGUUCAAUCCCGUGCUACGCGACGUCGUGCACGCGAUACCUGAGGAUUCGGAGGUAAUUGAAAUUGUCCUCCAAGACUGGCCAUGUCCACCCUGGGAUAAUCGAGAUGGCAGAAUCACGCUAGCUGGCGACGCGGCGCACGCGAUGACGAUGUACCGUGGAGAGGCGGCAAAUCACGGUAUUCUGGACGCGUACAGAUUGAGCAAGGCUUUAGAGGCAGUCUAUCACCAAGGUAAGGAUUUUAAGCAGGCCAUUGAUGAUUAUGAGAGUGAGUUGCGGGAGAGGACGAGUGUCGCGGUGCUAUUAAGUCGGCAAGCUUGUUUGGACGCGCAUGAUUGGGAUGGAUUGAAUGAGAAUUCUGCUGUGUUGAAGAAGAGGGCUAUCGCGGGUGUCUAG